AUGGUCGAUACGGACUACAAGAAGGCGAGGAAAUUUGAGGGAUGUCUUCAAGACUCCAUUCUUGAGAAGAUCAAUGUAUUGCAGGUACAGAAAUAUGUGGAUGUAUUGGAUAAGGCCAUCAUAGUGGAAGGUUCUACUUAUGAUUCGUUACCAACUUACCCAGAGUGCGGAAAGAAGCGCCAGAGGGUUUUUUAUCGAGCAUCAGGAGCUUGCUUUAAUUAUGGAAAGACGAGGCAUAUGGUGAGAGAUUGUCCUAUGUUUGGGCAACAAAAAGGGAAUAGGCCAUCUGCUAGUUCAGCCGGCUCCACUCCUGCAACAAAGACCCUGGCAAGGCCUAUUACUUCUAGAGACAACGUUAGGCAAGGGGGAGUCUUUGCUCUUGUUCCGGGUGAUGUCCAAAAUUCAGAUGCUGUGGUUUCAGGUACGCUUUCCAUCAAUGGCCAACCUGCUCAUAUGCUACUUGAUUCGGGUUCCACCCAUUCCUUUGUUUCAAAAACAUUUGCUCCUAAUUUGAAUAGAUAUAUGGAACCCUUGAAUUAUGUGUUGUGCGUGUCUCUCCCAUUCGGGGACUAUGUGUUGUGUGCUUCUAUGUAUCCUGCAUGUGAGCUUUUACUUAAAGAUAUUCCAUUGUGGGCUAAUUUGAUGCCUCUUGAUAUGGUACACUUUGAUAUAAUUUUGGGAAUGGAUUGGUUAGCUAAGUAUCAUACAACCAUUGAUUGUGUGUCUAAGCAAGUUGUUUUCCGCCCACCGGGUCAGGAGACAACUGAGGUGGGUGUUGAAAAUAUUCAAAUUGUUAGUGAGUUUCCAGAUGUAUUUCAUGAAGAAUUUCCAGGGGACUUGAUAGAUCGUGAGAUUGAAUUUGUCAUUGAUAUUGUACCGGGUACUCAACCUAUUUCGAAGGCUCUGUACAGAAUGUCUCUGGCAGAAAUGAAGGAAUUGAAAAUACAGUUGCAAGAAUUGCUUGACAAAGGGUUCAUUUGA